AUGGCUUCCCUACAGGACAUGCCUAAUGAGCUCGUCCUAAUGAUGGCAGCUGAAGCACCGUUCUCCACCCUCACUGCUUUACGACUGACAUGCAGACGGUUCAACGACGUCACGAUUGUGACAUUUGGGAGGAGAUUCUUUCAUGUACGCAAUAUCAUGCUCCAUGAGAAAAGUGUCCAGAGUCUCGUUUCAAUCGCGAAACACCCUGUCUUCGCUUCCUGUGUCCGAAAGGUUGGAUUUGCACCCAGUUUCUUGAGAAGUAACUGGCUCGGGUUUGAGCAAGAAUGCGAAGCCCGUUUGAACUAUGGUGGUAAGCACGACAUUGAACUCCAGGAAUAA